AUGGCCUACAAGAUCGUUUGCGUCUUGUCGCUUGUCUCAGUCACAACUGGAGCUGAAGUCAGAUCACAUCAUCCUCUCCGAGAGAAGUUCGACGGCUUCCGUCAGAAGUAUGGCCGAACAUAUGCCGAAGGCUCGAAGGAGUACGAGCAUAGGUUUGCGUUGUUCAGCCAAGCAGCUGCAGUGGCAGAGCGUUUCAACAGUCGCCCAGGGCGUUUGUGGACCGCUGGCACUGGGCCGCUGGCCGAUCGCAGCGAACAGGAGCUGCAGUCGAUCAGGGGCUGGUUUGGAAGCGCCCGGCAAUCACGCAGAGGCAACCUCCGCGUGGCCUCGCUAGCGCAGCUAGGCUCAGCAGACAUUCCCAAGGAGUUCAUGAACUGGACCUCCCUAUCCUCUUUGGAAAUGGUCCGGGACCAGGGGGGUUGCGGAUCUUGCUGGGCGGUGACAGCAUCCACGGUCCUGGACAGCCACGCAGAGAUCUACAAAUCCAAGCAGAGGAGCUUUUCCGCCCAGGAGCUCGUGUCCUGUGUGCCCAACCCUAAGAAAUGUGGUGGCUCUGGGGCCUGCAGCGGCGCCACGGUAGAGCUUGCCUUCCAGUACGUCAUGGAACACCCCAUGCAGACGGCCAGAGAGAUCCCUUACGAAGCCGUGGACGGACACUGCGAGGGCGCCUCCUUACUCCAAGGCGGUAACCAUGGUGACACGGACUUGGACGUGGCAGCAGUGGGAUUUCACGCCGCCGCCGCGGAUGCUCCAGGACUGAAGUUCAUGACUGGUUGGGAGCGGCUGCCAGAGAACGGCUACUCGGCGCUGCUGCGCGCAAUAGGCGAGCGCGGUCCAGUUGCGGUCUCUGUGGAUGCCACUGCCUGGAGCUCUUACAUGUAUGGCAUCUUUGACUCUUGCGAAAAGGAUGCUGUAAUCAACCACGCUGUGACGCUCGUGGGCUACGGCGUCGAGAAGGGUCAGAUGUAUUGGACCAUCCAGAAUUCCUGGGGUCCUAACUGGGGUGAGGAUGGCAAGAUCAGGCUUCUCAGACGGGAUGAUGACGAGAGCUACUGCGGCAUUGAUCACCAGCCCGAGGAAGGUACAGGAUGCGAAGGUGGCCCCAAGCAGGUGAAAGUCUGCGGCAUGUGUGGCAUCCUCUAUGACAACGUUGUGCCACAUUUUCGAAAUCCUGAGCCUUCUCAGGCUUGA